AUGAGCCGCCCAGCUCCUGUGGAAGUCACGUAUAAGAACAUGAGAUUUCUUAUUACACACAAUUCAACCAAUGCGACCUUAAACAAAUUUAUAGAGGAACUUAAGAAGUAUGGAGUUACCAGGAUAGUAAGAGUGUGGGAGGCAACUCAUGACACUACCCUUGUGGGGAAAGAAGGCAUCCAUGUUCUUGAUUGGCCUUUUGAUGACGGUGCACCACCAUCCUGCCAGACUGCUGAUGACCAGGAAAGUCUUGCAAAAAUUAAGUUUCAUGAAGAACCUGGUUGUUGUAUUGCUGUUCAUUGUGUUGCAGGCCUUGGGAGAGCUCCGUUCAUAAGACAAAAGUGGCAUGGAACUUUUAACAGCAAGCAACUUUUUUAUUUGGAGAAAUAUUGUCCUAAAAUGUGGCUGUGCUUCCAAGACUCCAGUGGUCAUAGAAACAACUGCUGCAUUAAAUAA